GCGAUGGGCUGAGGGAGACACCCAUCCAGUGACACUGUUUACAUCCUACGCUUCUAAUCUUUUGUGGAUGUGUAGAGGCUUCAGUGAAAUUUUGGAAUAGGCAAUGGCAGGAGCAAAUAAUAUACCUCGUGAGGUUCAGGAUAGCAUACGCGAUGUACUGGAUCAAAGGAUUAAGAUAUGUGUCAAACGCAUGGUGAAACAAGAAGUUCGUGCAGACAAGUUCGAAAAUCGUGUAUUGGCUUUUACACCAUGCAGACUGUAUGUAUUGGCAUCCAAAGUUCCAUCCAGGGUGGAACACAAUUUUCACUUUCUCGAUUUUCAAGCCUUGGAAAGCAAGAAACCCAAUCAGUUAGCCAUUACAGUGGAUGGAAAAGUGUAUUCUUUCACAACUCUGGAGGCAGACACAGAAGAGGUCAACCACAUGAUAACCCAUAUUGGGGUUUCACUGAAACACAUCUUCCCAGCCUUUCCUUUAGAGAGACUGAUCAUAAAAGUUGAAGUGUUGCCCCCAGAACGUCUCCGAACCAUGCAUGAGAUGAUUCGAGACAUUGAAAAUCGUGAAGUGGGACCUUGUGGAGGGUUUACAACCAUGUAUGCAUGCAUGUGUGAUUACUACAGUCUUCCAUAUAGAGAGGAAGUUGCUUGGGAUGUGGACACAAUCUACCUUUCCCAGGAUUCCCGAGAACUGUGCCUACGAGACUUUGAUCACUUAAAAGAAAAAGAUCUUAUUCCCAUCAUAGGUGCUUUGGAACAUAACACUUGGUUUACCGGCAUAAAUGUGAAUAGUAUUAAGUUGACUCCAGAGAUGGCCAAUGAGAUUGUGAAAGUGAUGCGUCGAAAUGCGUUCAUAGAGGAAUUAAAAUUUUCCAACACUGGUGUUAAAGUUGACUUUGUACAGAAGUUGUCCACAGCCAUACUUUCUAACAGUGGGACCCAGCUUGGACUGCUUGAUCUCUCAGGCAAUACUAUUGAAGAUAGAGGAGCUACAUCAUUGAUGGGGACAUUGAAGAGCUUGUCCAGAGGCUUGAAUUACCUUGACCUUUCUCGCACUGGGUUAACAACAAAGUGCAUUGCAAAGAUCGCAGAAACACUGUCACAGAGCCAGACUCUUCUAACAUCACUCAGAACACUGAAAUUUGCAGAUAAUGGACAGAAAGGGGAAGAUUUUUCUAGUGUCUACAGCUUCUUGGCCCAGCCUAACAAUCUGACAACUUUAGACCUGUCAGGCACAGAUUGUGCAAUGGAUAAUCUCUGUAGCCCUCUGAUACAUGGAUGUCCCCAUCUUACUGCACUCAGCCUUGCUGGGACUGUGUUCACUCAAAAGAAAACUAAGGAAGUGUUAGUUCCAGUGUCAUGGAAACAGUAUUUCGCCAGUGCUUGCAGUCUGCAGAAAUUGGAUCUUUCAGCAACUAGACUACCUCCAGAGGCUCUUAAGGAACUCCUGCUUGGUUUGGCAAGCAAUCCUCACAUCCGCAAUGUUGAGCUUGACCUCAGCAGCAACGAGCUCGGCAGUGCAGGGGCUCAUGUGAUUGGGGGCUGCAUAGCCAACAUUACUUCCCUUGCUCGCUUAGACCUCAGCAACAACAAUUUUGACACAGAUCUGAGAGUGAUCUUGCCAGAAAUUGCCAAAAACAGGCACCUGAAGCAUUUAUCCAUUGGAAGGAACUUUAGCAUGAUCAAACCCAAAUACAUGAUGCACAUUAUGGAUGGUCUGGUACAACUCAUUCAGGAAGAUGCAUCAGUUCUGGAAUCUUUGUCCUUGGCUGAAUCUAAACUGAAGCAUGAUUUAACUUUUGUCAUCAAUGCUUUGGGUAGCAACACAUCACUGCAAGAAAUUGACAUCAGUGGAAACAAUAUAGGAGACUUUGGUGCACGAAUGCUGUGUAAAGCACUCCAAAUCAACACUCAUCUACAGGCAGUGGUAUGGGACAAAAAUGGAGUCACAGCUCAGGGAUUUGAAGAUAUUGCUGAAGCAUUGGAAAAAAAUUUCACAAUGAAGCGGAUGCCAUUUCCUGUAAAUGAUGCUGCGGCUGCCAUGAGAUUGCAGCCAGAACGGACAGAGGCUGCUUUACAGAAGGUUGAGAGACUGCUGCAGCGUAACCAUAGCCCUCGCAAGUUUGCAUCAGAUCAGCAAUAUCGUUUGCAACAGGGAUUCCUCAUCAGUUCCACACAGCAGAUGGUAGAUCGUCUCUGUGUACAAGUGCAAGAUGAAAUUAACGCCCUCACUGUGAACAAUUCUGAAACUCUGAAGGAAGAGCUUGAUCAAGCAAGCAAAGUUAUUAAAGAUGCUGACAACUCAAAACAGCUGCUGCCCAGACUUCAGGUGGUAGGAGUUCAGAUGUUGGACUCUGGAGACACAGUGGAGACUACACUUCAAACCAUGGCAGAGAGUCUCAAAACUGUCAUGGAACAGAUUAUUCAGAAAACUGUAGAAGACAUGCUGAAGUGUACACUAAAUCACUGUGCUGGAAUUAUGGCUGAUAAAGAUUUUGCAAAAGAACUAGAAGCUGAGUGUAGAGCCAAAAGCACUCUUCCACGAGAAUUUGCCAAACUGCUGUUGAAUGGUGUGAGCACAGAUGUCUUCAACAAAUUGAAUGAAUUAAACCUUGGUGUGGCAGCACAUAUAUCUGACAGUGUUAUUGACGAAGUCAUCAGCAAACUUUCAGAUAGCCACAAAAGCCUGACUAAUCACUUGAACCUUACCAAGAGUCGACGCUUUCAAGAUUCAGCACAGGCUGUGGACCAGCCUGAAAAGACAGACACAGAUAAUGAGAAGGAAAAAGAUGAGAGAAAUGCAGGUCGUGGUGUGGAAAUGCGACCUCGCAUAAACAGCCAGCCAUUUUAUAUGCUGCCAUCGGAAUUUUAUAGUGGCAUGAAGAGUGUGAAGAACACCCUGGAAGCCAUCAUGAAAGGGUUUGUGGUGAGAGGGUUGACACAUACACACAUGGGAACACCAAAACUUUCAACAAAGCGCAAGAGUGUAUAUUCACGAAAACUUCGACCUCAGUCAACCAUUGAUUGUGGCAAUGCAUCUAAACAGCUUGACUCUGGUAGCCUGGCAGAGACUUUGGAAGAAACUCUUUGCGAAAGUAGGCUGAGCAUGCAUGAAGAAGCAGAUGAAGAUCAAGAUUCCAGGCCUUGUCCACCAAGGCUGGAAAAGGUUACAGAGAUUCAGAACAGAGAUUUGGCAAAAGGUUCCUUUGAGGCCCUUGACAAUUUACCGGAACUGCCAGUGCAGAAACUGGAACAUCUGAACAAGGCACGACCUAAGAGAAACAAAUCUCGAGCCCCUACACGUCCAGUGGCACCAGGAAUAGACACACCUGAUGAAAUCUCUGAUGAUGGAAUCAAUGCAUUCUAUGAUACAAAGAGAACCAGUCCUGAAGACGUGAUCAAGGAUACAUUUGUGGCCACUUUACAAGUGGAAGAUAGCAGCAGCAAGGUUGAGAAAAAGAAGGGAUCACCAUUGGCUAAAACCAAGCCUCAAAAGGGACAGGGAAAAGACGAUAAAGAAAAGGAAAAGAAAGACAAAGGGUCAUUUUCUGGUAUCAGUAAUUUCUUUCGCAAAGGCCCCAGUAAGGUAGAAGCGCGGGAGAAAAAGCAAGAACUUCCAAGAACACAGGAAAAUACAAGAGUGUACUCAAGAACAAGCAAAACAAUUUUAGACAAAAAAGACAGUCCUGAUUCAGCACACGUCCCAGCAACACAGUCAGCAAAGACAGAGAGCAAGACAAUGUUGGAAUCACCUAGAGUGUUGUUGCCACCAAAAGUGUCUGAAGACAUCAUAAAUCUUGACCCCAAGACUGAUGCCAGGCCCAGGCCACCUGUGGAAGUAAAGAAACCACCUGCUGUUAGUAAAGGAGAGGCCCACAACCUGGAAUCUAAAUCCUCUGAAUCUGAAGAGAGUGAUGAAGAGAAAACAGACGAGGAUGAUUUGGAAAAUAUUGGAACAAGAACAGCUUCAGCAAAGGGGGAUGAACAGCAAGGCAAAGAAACAGUGGAAGGGAAAAGCCAGGAGGUACCUGUACGAGUUGCAAAACAUGUCGGCUUCAGUGCAACUAUAUUAGCUGAUUUCAAGGCCAAGCAGGAAAAACGUGCCUCCCAGCUGUCACUUACAUCAGACAAUGGAAAAGAUACUAAAGAAAGCACAGUUAAGUCAGAACCAUCUGAACGUAAGGAAGAAGCGAACAACAACACUGUAAUUAAUGAAAAAGGACUUGCGGCCAAAGGAGAGAUGACAGCAAAGCAGGGAGAUGAAGCUGCUUCCAGACAACCUUUAAAGCAACUAGGUGGAGAGACCAGUGCAUUACUGAAGCCAAGAGCAUUGAUGCCACCAAAGAAGCCAGUUGCUACAGUUACAGUGUCGUUGGAAAAGGGGGAAGUAUUGAAGCCACCUUCAGCACCAGAAUCUUCAGCAUCAGUGCCUGCGGUGGGAACCGGAGAGACACCAGUUCCAAAACCAAGACCACCUCCUCCUGCAAAGCCAAAGCCACCACUAACUGCUCCAAAGCCCCGCCUGUCGUCUGGUACUAACUCUGAAGAAGAUUCAGUCCCCACUAUUGCAACUUCAGGCAGCAUCUCAAACGCAGGAGAGAGGAGAGCGGAGGGAGAAAUAGUCUACGACUCCUCAACUUUGCGGCUGUCAGUUAAAGACAAGAUUAAACGAUUGAGCCAGGUGAAACUGCAGCCACCAUCAGCACCUCCUGCACAGCUAAAGACACCAUCCUUGCAGAAGGAUGUGAACUUGCCAGACAGUAUUUCAGAAGCAGAUGAACACCAGUCAGAAGAAGAGACCUCCAGACCAAGCAGUAUUGAGGAUGCUGAUGGCAGGCCGGCCGACAGCCAGGUGUCUGCACAAGCAGGGGAGCAAGGGGCAGCAGUCAAUGGGAAGAAGUCAGCUGUAGGGGACGAUGAAAUCAUGGUGUAGUAGGAGACUGUUGGCAGUUGAUAAUGUGUAUAUGAUAGAAUGUGAUAGUAUGUUGAUAGUGUGUACUUGGAAGGCAUGGCAUCUUUCCUGAUUAAUAGGCAUUCUGUAUUAAUUAUGAGUUCCUUCAUAGAUUACAGAAAAAUUAAAAAGUAAACCUAAUCCAACAUGCAGAAGAUUAUAAGUUGUUUAACUUUAAAAAAUGGAAAGUAUUGUGAUAACAUUUUCCAAAUGAUAUUUGGAUGCUAAAAUCAGUAUUGAGCAUUGUAUAUUUCAUCUAUUGAAAAAGGUUUUGGCAGUCGCGAUUUGGUGAAACAUACAGAUGAAUGAAAUCCAAAACAAAAUUUAUUGUUUCAUUCAUUGCUUCCUUGAAUUCGUGGAGGAUGAUAGAUAUAUAUGAUUUCCAUGCAAGUUUUCCAGUGUAUCUCAUUCUGUUAUCAUCUCUUGAUCUGCUUCAUGAUGUAUGCAGCAAAGUAGACUGCAUGUGAUUAAUGUCAUGCUUCUGAAAUGCCUGUAAAUGAUGCUAGAAACAAGAUGAAGUUUUGCGGGCAGUGGUAGAAAUGAGAGAAAGACAAGACAGCCAUCGUUAAUUUGGAAUAUUUGUUAAGUUACACGAACACUGGAUCCUGCUUCUUGAUAACUGAACUACGUCACAUUUUGCUGUUGCUUAGAGAUUAAUCCUACUAAAUGUGACAUUUUUUUAAAAAGGUACAAAGUUUCCAGGCUGUGUACCUUUGCUUGCUCAAUGUACGAGGGCAACACAGAAACUGGCAGCCAUUUCACUGUGCUCAGUGCAGAAGAACUUUGGAAAAAGAGCUUGACGUAGAACAUAAUAAUCGCCUCAACCACUUUGGUUUAUCAUUAUAUUGCAUCAUGUAAUUAAAUUAUAUAUAGUAGUCAUACAUAACAGUCUAGUACUCUUCUUGUUGAAUGUUAGGUAAAGAAUACUGUGGAACAUCGCGGCAUGUGGCAAUAUUGUGGAAAUUAUGGUAGCAUGAUUGUAUGGCAUAGUGUGGAGCCAGAAUAUCGUGGUCUAAAAUCUUGGUGCAGAAUUUUAUGCAAGGAAAUAUGAUGAUCUGGAACAUUAGCACUGUCAUAAUAAUAAAAUGUUCCUGACUUGUUUGUUUUAAAUAGAAAUGGCAAAGAAAAUUUACUAAAGUGCACUUAUUAAAUGUCUUACAUUAGGGAAUUCAUCUGUGCUGGUGUUUGUAUGCAAGAAAAAUUAUAAUUUACUGUCUACAUUUGUAGAAAAAAGAAGAAUGUGAGGUGAACAAUUGAAGAUCUUCACUUGUAUAUAAAUAUUUUUUUUCAUUUAAUAUGCAGUUUUUAUACGCACUUAAGAAUACGCAUCUUACUGUUGCAGUCUUAUCUCCUCUUGUCAAAGCAUGCUCAUAGAUUUUUGCAUAAUUAGAUAUAUUUUUGUUCUGACUUGUUUAAGCUGUAUUUUGUCUUCUUUCAAAAAUUUUGUAGAUCUUAAAUUUUAUUUAAUAUUUGUUUAUCUCUAUAUAUGUGUGUGUGUGCAAUGAUACAGAUCAUCACUACACCAAUCCUGUAUUGUUCCUGUUUGCUGAGGAUAUACAAUGACAUGGAAAGGUGUGCAUGUGCUGACUCACAUUGUGUUGUUCCCAUAGUUAUUAUUCUUUUCUUUCCAUCAUUGCUUCCCUUUUGCCACCUACUGUUCAUCUUAUAUUUGUAAUGUUGGGAAGAAAGUACUGCAACAUUUUUACUUGCAAUGGGUUACAAGCGUGGAUCAAGGCAUUUAAACUUUCUCCCUCAACCUCCAGUUUUUGUUGAAAUCUUGUGUAGGGGGUUUUCCACUAAGUCAGGGUAAAUCUUGACUCAAAGCAGUCUGGUUAUCCAUUGAACUUUAUCAGUUUUUUAUUGUUAAUUGUGAGUUUAAAUCUAUAGGACUUUUUUGUUGGGUUUUUUAAUGCAAGAUAACUUUUUCUCUGAUCUGGAACAUAAAUAAUUCUUUGUUGAUCUGCCAUUACAAGGCUGCAGCCCUGUGAUUUGGUGGUAGUGCUUACAUUCCAGGUCCAUGAGAGUCUUGCAAUUAAUUACAUUCCAAAACACGAAGCUUUUUGCUGCAUCAGGAGUAGUUUUAAUGUUGGGUUUUGGACUAAGUUUGUUCAGGUGUAAUUGUCCAAGAUUGCUUUCUAGGUGAUGUGAGCACACCUUUGUUAAAGAUGUACACCAGCUGUGUGCAGACAAGCAAAAAAACUAUUCAUACCAUAGGAUAUUCAAGACUUUCAAAAGGCAUUGUUUCUCAGCUUAUGUUGAUCAAAGUAAAACAAGUCCAGCAUAAUGUUGACACAGUGAUGCUAAUUCAAGUCAUAGCCGGCUGUUCUGAGUAUACACAGUGCAUAUGUGAGAUAAAAUUUCCAUUUUUAAGGAAACCUAGGUACACUUGUCUUUUUUAAUAUCCAUGAACAUUUGUGCAGGUUUUUUAAAAAAAAAAAAUGCUAUCCUGCUCCAUUUUAUCUUUUAAAACAGCUUAAUCAAUUUACAUGUCAUUUUAUUGUAUAAUUCUUUCACCCCCGAGCUAAUAAGAUAAAUCUGGACUGUUUCUACAAAGUGUGGAAAUUUUGAAAAAAUAAAUUCAGAUUAAUUAAAAAAGUUAUAGAGAUCUUUUUUCAAAUAAGUCUGUUCUUCUUUCAGUGGCCCUCACCUGUUCUUAUCUCCCCUGUCUCACCGCCUCCCUUCCAUGUCUCCCUCUGUGCCCCAGUCUCAGUGCUUGCAUUCAUGCUUGUGAUUAGGCUGGAAAUGGCUGUGCAGUAUUUAUGAAAUAUUGUACUACUCCAUUUGUUCUGUACUUGCUUGUCUCUGUCUGCACCUGCUAUUUUGAAAAGAAUGCCAGACUAUUCAGCUGGUUUCUUAGCACAGCUAUUUUAGUUUUUUUCAUAUUUUUGUUUUGAAAAAUUCAUUCCAUUACCAGGCUGGAAGGGUGAGAGUUGUAAACAGCCUACAGAGUGAUCAAGAAGCUUACUUAAUCCCUCAGUUUGUUUCAUAUGACGUUGCUUUCAACUGUAGCAAUGGGGUCAGGUAGUAAAUAAUAAUUGACUUGGUAUGUAGAACUGAUUAUCCAUGUAGGAGGCAAAGGCAGAAGAGCUUUACCCUUGCAAGAACCACAAGCAUGCUUCUAGUUCCAAUUAUGGUAUUACCUGACAUAAUUGUUUGCAUUUGUUGUUCUAAUAAUAAAUUGAAAACAUUUCUUUAAUACAUGCAUAAUUGUAUAAUCAAUAUCUUCAUCAGUUAUAGCUUAUGCUUGAAUGGCAAUAACCAUAUAAACAUGAAGGAACAGUAAUAAUCAUUUGAUAAAAUAUAUGAUGAGCUGAAAUUACAUUUUUAUAGAAGUUUUAUUAGAAAUUUUAUUUUUUUCAUUUUUUGAUUAAGGUUUUGGUUAACAAAAUUGAAAGAAAAAAAAAAAAAAAAAGAAAUGUGCACCAAUAAGUUUUCUAGACAUUUUUGCUGCUUUCAGCCUCAUUUCUCAUUAAUUCAACUUAGCAUUUUACAACAAAGGCUUUGAUCAGUCUGGUUGUGAAAUGUUGGUUCUUCCAA